AUGAUCUUUCGCAACCAGUGGCCGGACAUUGACGUCCUCAACCGGGAAAUCCGCAUCAUGAAGUCUUUGGAUCACCCGAACAUCCUCAAGCUCAUCGAUGUCUUCGAAGACCAGCGGUUCAUAUAUCUCGUCAUGGAGCUGUGUUCGGGAGGCGAACUUCUUGAUCGCAUCAUCACGCUCGGGCACCUCACGGAAGCCCUGGCUUCAAGCCUUAUGGGGCAGAUCUUGCGGGCGAUACGCUACGUCCAUGCGCAAGGUGUCGCUCAUCGAGACGUGAAGCUGGACAACUUCCUGAUCGCCGAGGUUGCGACCCAGCUGGAGGACUCGACAGUGAAGUUGGGCGAUUUCGGCUUGGCCAAGUACACCGGCCAAGGGCUGAAGACGCCCGUGGGCGCUGUGUCCUAUGCUGCUCCUGAGGUGCUCUCAGGGGACUACUCCGCUGCUUGCGACAUGUGGAGCUGCGGUGUGAUCUUGUACAUAUUGCUCUCCGGCCAGCAGCCGUUCUACGGAAGUACACCGCGGGAAGUCCGAAAGCAGGUCAAGCUUGGGAAAUUCGCCAUGGACGGCUCGAUCUGGCGGGGCAUCACCGCAGAUGCCAAGGACUUGAUUCAGAAUCUGUUGGUCCGGGAUCCUGCACAGCGCAUCACGGCGGCACAGGCUCUGAAACAUAUCUGGAUCGCGCGAUUGGCUCCCAAUGCCUUCGUCCUCGAUGGACGGCGGGUGAUCCAGAACCUGCGUGCCUUCGCUGCCCAGUCGCGCUUCAGGAGGGCAGCCCUGGCGGUGGUCGCGACGCAGCUGAGUUCUAGCGAGAUGAGGCAGCUGCGCCAGGCAUUCACUGCGAUCGAUACCGACAACAGCGGCACGUUGACGCUGGAGGAGGUUCACGAAGCUCUGAAGAGCAUGGACGUGGACAUGCCCAGUGACUUGGAGAGGAUUCUGGCGGCCAUCGAUGUGGGGGGCAAAGGACAUUUGAACUAUUCCGAGUUCCUGGCCGCGGCUGUGGAUCACCAGAGCUUUCUGUGUGAGGAGGUCUGCUGGAAUGCCUUCAAGUAUUUCGAUCGCAAUGACGAUGGCUUCAUUAGUCACAGCGAGCUAACGAAGCUUCUGGAGCACGAUGCGCUGCAGGAACUGCCUGAAGCGCCGAGCGUGCGCAAGAUCAUCAACGAGGUAGACGUGAACGGUGAUGGGAAAGUGGAGUUCGAUGAGUUCAUGAGGAUGAUGCUGUGCGCCGAGCGGACAAUAGAUGCGAGCUGA